AGGGAGGCAUUCAGCACCAAUAAUCCAGUGUGACUGAAUAAACCUAGCAGUGCAGUCAAACUGCGAACAUUGACAGUGGUCCUGAGGGGGACAAUGCAGCAGGACUUACGGACAGGCCAGUAUACAGGAGAACUCUUUAGUGAGAAGCAACAAAUUCAGGAAACUGAGGACAUGGAAGCGGAGAAUAAAAGUUUUAAGAAGAGAAUUGCUGUGAGAAGCAAAAUCCUAAGGGAAGCGCUCGCAGAAUUCCUUGGAACAUUUAUACUAAUUAUUUUUGGCUGUGGCUCUGUCGCUCAGACCGUCCUCAGCAGCGGGGCUUUUGGUGAGAUGCUGACUAUUCACAUUGGCUUUACUAUUGGUGUCAUAAUGGCAGUAUACGUGGCAGGGGGGAUUUCAGGUGCACAUGUGAAUCCUGCGGUUUCUCUUGCCAUGUGUGUUACAGGCAGGUUGAGCUUCUUGAAGUUCCCAGUCUAUGUCCUGUCUCAGUUCCUUGGGGCUUUCACUGGUGCAGCAGCAGUGUAUGGACUCUACUAUGAUGCAUUUCUGAACUACACAGGAGGUGUGCUCACUGUCACCGGCCCCAAUGCAAGUGCACAGAUAUUUGCAACUUACCCUGCAACAUAUCUUUCAAUAUUUAAUGGCUUCAUGGAUCAAGUGGUAAGUACCGGAGCUUUGGUGCUCUGCAUCUUUGCCAUCACUGACAAGAAGAACAACGGUGCCCCAAAAGGAAUGGAGCCACUUCUCAUUGGUUUAAUUAUCAUGGUAAUUGGAGUCUCCAUGGGUCUGAACUGUGGCUACCCCAUCAAUCCAGCUCGAGAUCUUGGCCCUCGCCUUUUUACCUUCAUUGCAGGGUGGGGUGUUGAAGUUUUCAGUGCUGGAAAUAACUGGUGGUGGGUCCCUGUGGCAGGCCCAAUGGUUGGUGGGAUUGUUGGUGCCUUGAUCUAUGUUGCAUUUAUUGAGCUGCACCAUCACGACCUACAGAAGCAAUCUGAAGAAGAUCACAAUGUCCAAGAUAAAUAUGAGAUGAUUACAAUGAACUGAUGGACGUUAACUCAUAAUUCCAAAAAAUCCUUAAAAAAUAUACUCAGAGAACUUUUUGUCUGUUUGUUUCUUUUCCUUAUGACAUUCACCAAUAUUAGACGUUUUUUCAAUCCCAUGAAUUCCCACAAAGUCAAGUCAGAAUACCAAGAAGGCUCUCCUGGAAAAUGGAUUACUCUACAUCUUCUGAAACAACAGAAUUGCUGAUGGCCAUGAUGUCAGCAGCUUGGAGCUGAAAAAGCAGAGUCAAUGAAAGGCUUCUGAUUGAAAUUUUGGGACUCUACAGAAGAAGGUAUCAGACAAUUUGUGUUCCACUGAGCCUUUUAAGGCAAUACAAGUCAGAGUAAGAAAUUUACACUGACAUUUCACAGAAAGCCAGCAAUAUAUUAAUUAAACAGGGAAACCUCCUUAGAUUCCUCUUCUAGACAAUUAGCCUAUCCCUAACAGCUGUACUUAGGUCCAAAGGAGUAACACUAAAUUGUAUCCAAAUCUACCUGCUUAAUCGACAAAUCACCAAUUUAAAUAUUGUCUUUCAUAAUGAGCAUUUAAUCAUUCAGUGUUUUAAGUAGCACCUUUAAAGUUAGUACUAUUAGAAAACACAGCCGAGGUAUUAAAAUUUGUAGAUGGAUGGAUCAUGGAUCAUUCAAUCAAUUUAUAUUUUAUAUAGCACAAUGUAUCAAAUCCUAUCACAAAACAACACAAUUUACACAAUUGUCAAACUUAUGUUUUUACUGAGGGUUUUUCAUAGUGAGCAUGACAAUGUGAUUAACCUUCCACAUGAAAUAAUAGCCUUAAAUACAAUCACAGCAGAUCUAUAGGGGAUGAUAAAGUAAUGGAAAUACCAAAUGAAAAAGGAAUUGUAAUUUAUACACCUAUAAGUUAAGUUACAAAAGCAGUGCAAAAGUGAGUUCUAUUAGAUUGCCUGCAAGAUAACUGUAUGCAUCAAGUAUAAAAAUUCUGGACAUCCAGCUCUUUAAUAUGUGAGUUUUCAAAGCAACAUGAGCUAGAUAACAGAAUUCGAAGGAGGCCAAACAAUCAAUACACAAAAUUGCAGAAGAACUGGUUACAAAAAUGGUAAUUUUUUUUGGUGUCUCAGGGAAAAGUGUUAAAAUUCAUGACAGCAUAUGGCAAACAUGGAAAAACUGUGUCAAUUAGAGGGAAUCAGUAGUCACUAUGCUGAAGCUCGCCCACAGAUGGGCACAGGAUUGUUGCUAAAUGGUUCAAAUGUACAGUCUCAAAAAUUAACACAGAAUUGAAUUAACAUCCUUGUAGCCCAGUCUUAACUAAAAGUAGACAUAAUUAACUUCACAAAGCUGUCAUUUAUGGCAGGGCUGCCUUUCAGACUUUGCUUGUACCCAAAACCAACGCACAAAGACACAACCCCUGGUAUAAGAUGAUCAAAAUCUGGAACCCAUAGCAAUAGAAAAAGUAAUAUGGUCCAUGGAAUCACCUUCCACACUAUUUGUUAGAUCCAGAUGGGUUUACAUUUGAAGAAAACCAAAAACCAAAGUAAACCUUCAACCUACAAUGCUUGUUGCUAACUGUUAAAAUUGCGGGCAUCCAUAAUGGUAUGGCAUCCAUGUUAUGACAGUCAUAAGGUCUGGUGAAUGCUCGGUGUGGUUGUGUAAUGGAAAAGAAUUUGAGGUCAUUUUAUAGGACCAGGUGGCACCCUAUGGUGCAAGCAUUGUUCCCUCAUGAUGUUCCCAUAUUCUAGGAUGGUUCAAUACACAAUGAGAAACAAACUCACGUGUGGUUUCCUGCCUCCCAUGGCCUAAGUAAUCAACAGAUUACUUCUCUAAUCACUGUGCCACUAUUCCAAUCAAUCAGUGCUUUACUACAUUUAAUAAGUAUAUCAUAACGGAUGGAUAAUCACUCAUACAAUGAACUGACCAUUAAUAUUAUAUAAUAGUGAGAUACUCUGUAUACAUUAAUAAAUGUAUUUGUUUGAAUAUUA